AUGUUCUUGCUGCCACGGCCGAGCUGGGUUCGCCUCGGCGCUCGCGCCUCGUUGCGCAUGGGUGCGGUGCGCUGUACGUCGGUGGUGGCCCAGCCCCCGCCGCUCCCACAGGCCGCGGUCCUGGACCUGAUUCAUCGCAAACCAGAACAGGCGCCCUUGCUACCAUGUGCCGCCCUGGCCGUGCAGAGGGACGAUCGCCUUCCACUCGAGGGCAACAAAUCUCGCAAGGCCGCCUUUCUUCUUCGAGAUGACAUCCUGCCCCGCUUGGGUAUCUCCCAAGAGGCCCUGGCCAAUCCCAUCAUUGUCUCCCACGGCGGCGCCCAGUCCAACGCCAUGCUAGCCCUGGCCCAGGUCUGUGCCGAUCGUGGAUGGCGCUUUGUCUACGCGACACGCCUCCCCAACCCAGCCCUGGCCCAUCGCGACCCCAACGACAACCUCCAACGCAGCCUCGACCUGGGCAUGGAGGUCCUGCCCGUCGAGAAAACAGCAGACCUCGCCGCCACCGCACAGGCCUACUGCGAACAGCAACCCCCGGGCCAUGCCGCCCUCAUCCCCCAAGGACUUGCCCUGCCACAAGCCGGCAUUGGUUGCAUGGAGCUCAUCCAGCAGCUUGAAGGCUCCCUCGGUCGCCAUGAUCCCUGGUGUCUCAUCCUGCCGAGCGGAACCGGAACCACCGCCCUCUACUGCCACCUGGCCACACGCGCCCGCGGCUUGCCUUGGCACGUCAUCACCGUCCCCGUGGCCAACCCGGCCCCAAUCCUCGCGCGCGACAUGGCCCUGGCCUACAAGACCUUUCGUCACGACAUGACUCCACCCGCAGACCUCAACCCCAGCACCAUCCCUACCAACUGCGGGGCCUCCUCGCUGUGGGCCGAUUGGCCCGACCUCCGCACCCUCGCCAAAGCCGAUCUCGCCAUUGAUUGCAUCAUGGACACACCAAAGGCCCUCGCCACAGUGCAUCCCAUCUUUUCUCCCCCGCCCGGUCAGGGCCGGCUCUUGGUCCUCAACCCACCCCCGCACCUGCCCCAAGCCUUUGCCGCGCCUGACCACCAAUAUCUCGAAGCCCACCACGCCGCCCAGGCGGCCUGGGGCAUCAACUUUGAUCUCGUCUACUUUCCUCGCACCCUCUUGACCCUGCAGUACUACGCCAACCCCCUCCAGCUCGACAACCAAAAACUCUGUUUCAUUCACACCGGUGGCACCUCGGGCAAUGCCAGCAUGCGAGCCCGCAUCAAGGCCACCUAG